CCACGACUACACUCAUGGCGGCGUGCGGUGGUUUCCAUGGAAGCCGAAGAAGAUUGACAGAUGGAGCUAGCUCGGUGGUUAGUGCUCUGCCCACUGUUCUUGAGAAUCCAAGCCCACCCAAAUCAUCCUUCAAUGAGGUCUUAAUAAAAAAAAAGAUUGGGUCUUUUGGAAAGCCUUUGAGAAAGGCUAGGUAUCUUGGCCAGCUAAGCUGCGUAGAGAGUUUCAAGUUUUUCUCUACUUCUUGUCUAACCCAGAUCUAAGUUUGUCUAACCCAGGUAGAUUUGAAUGUAAGGUGCCAACAAUACUGAUAGUUGUAGCUGCCAUUGGAUGAGUUUCCAUAAUUUUUUUAUUUGUUUAUUGCAUUUACAUGAGGAGAAUAAAGAUAUGGUCUGAUAUGUUUAUACCAUUUUUCCUACAAGGUACGAAAGGUCCUUUAAAGAAAGGAUUUUUUCUUUGGGACAAAGCCUUUUGUUUGUACGAAUAUGAGCAAAUACUUGCAAAAAAGGAGGGAGGAGUUAUAGAUAGAAGCCAAGAUAUUGCUCUUUUGCAAGAUUUCUACAAACUCUAUCGAGAGCAGAAUGACAUGGAAAAGUUACGAGAAGAAGAGUUGAAUUUAAGAGAGACUGGGGCUUUCAGUGGAGACUUGGGCGAUAAGAAAAAGAUAGAAGAGAGAAAGUGUUGGCUCCGUAGAUUUGAGCCUGGUACUCACUUGGACCAAAAAAAUUCUAAGCAAGCUUUUCCCUUUUGGUUUGCUUUUGUUUCUUUGCCAAAAGGAGAGGACACUGAUGUCAAAAGAGAUGAUCUUGCAAGGGCUCUAAUGGUAGCUUUCUCAUCAACAUCUCUUCUUGAGCCAUAUGUCAUUCCCUUGCUUUUUGAAAAACUCUCUUCUUCUCUGCCAUCAUCAAAGGUUGGUGCCAUCACAAAGAAUUUAUAUGAUUACACAGCAACAAAAUUAAUUUUUUUGUUGUAGAAAGUAUAUUUGUAUCAAUUUUCAUGCUGACACUUUAUGUAUUUUCUUGAAUUCCUGAAUGACUUGUAUUUUCUUUAACACAUUGCUUCAUCCUUCCUAGUAGUACACAUUGCUGCCCUGUUAAGUCUAGACCUCAUUUGAUGCA